ACAUUGCGGAACGUUGAACGUCGCAACGUUGGGCAGCGAGUGGCCAAGAACGUCAUCGCAGAAAUUCCUGAUUCAAUUUACCCGUAUCUGAGAUCGCCAAACCACACUGUGUAUGUAUUGAACAAUGGACACCACGAUGCGCUUCGGCUAACUGAGUUAUGGCCAUAGCUCAAUUUUUAGACUGAGAGUGGUCCCUAGCCUGAUUUGCAAACCGAGUGUGGUUUCUAUAGGAUCUAUAUAAGAUACUCCAUUGUUUUCGUGAAACCGCUCUAUACUUGAAGAGUCUCCUGCGGUUUCUGUCGCCGCCAAUCUUGUUCCUGGCCUUGCCUUAUCUCCUGGUCCUAGUCCCUCUGCAUCUGGAGGUCCUCCGCUCCCUGUUGACCCUCCGUUCCCUGUUGAUCCAGAUCAAACUGGACGGAAAACACCCGAACGUCAGAUUUUAUCUGGUCAACCUGAUCCUACACCACCUCGUAACAAGCCCUCAGCUCUUGACGACAAGCUCGAAACAGUACACAACUUGCGCGUCCGUCACGCAGCAGAAAUGUUGGACAGAAGCAUAGAGGUACCAUACGAAGUCUUCCUGGAGCUUGUUCCAGGUACAGACCCCACCGAUGACGAGAAGAAACAGUUCGCAUCUUUUGCUCAUAUUCCAAUGGACGCCUGGUUGGACAAAGAAAACGUGCUGUAUCCACACCUGUGGAAAGUCAUGCAAUCUGCGCUCCCCAAUGAGCAGAUUGUAGUCCGAGAUACCGGGGAGUGGUGCGAAAAGAAUAUUGCUAACCAAUGUAGAACCGACGGCGUCCUCUAUCGCGCCUCUGACCUCAAUAUGUCUGCUCACGAUCUGUCCGAAAAGGAGAAGGACGAUAGUGGUGCUCUGAAGAACGAGCCCGGAAAAUCUCGAAGACCGUGGGCUGCGCGACUCUCAUGGGCAGAUGUUCUGGCCUUCGUGGAGGUCAAGACUCGCAGUGCCUCACCUUUUGUGGCGAAGAAAGCAUUGAAGACGUCAAGGGGUUCUUCCAAUCGUGGUCCUACCACCCCUCAGCCUGAAUCAACCGUGACACCGGGAGUUUCUUCAAGUGAUUCCGCUUUCAUCUCCACCGCCCAAAAGGCGAAGGAGAGCCUAGGCCAGCUUGCUGAAUACUCUGGCAAGAUUCAACUGCAUCAACAUCGUCAACACCUCUACAGCGUCUCGAUUUAUCAGAACUCUGCUUGGCUCCUCUUCUGGGAUCGGACGAGUCUCGUCGUUUCUGAAGAGAUCGAUCUUCUCACAGAAGGCUGGAAAGUUCUCAACUUCUUCUGCCGCCUUGGCAAGAUGUCGCCUGAACAACUUGGUUUCGACCCUACUGUCUCUCUUGCAAGCCAGUCGGAAAUGGAUGAAGUAAUUGCCUUCAUUCCAACUGUGGAGGUGGACUAUGUUCGGGAAUUUCUCGAGGAGGCCAUGUUGGAUGAGAUGAAACAGCCACGCAUAGGGAGGAUCUACAAAGUCGAGGUCAAGAAAGACAAGGGAAUUGAACACUUCCUGAUUGGUUAUCAUCGUGCAGGAGGUUUGUCAGCAACUGGCCGCGCUACACGGGGAUAUAUUGCCUACGAUUUGAGAGAAAAGAAAGCCGUUUUCUUGAAAGACACCUGGCGUCUAGAUGCCCAAUCCUCGCACCCUGAAUGCGAAGUAUACAAGAAGCUCAAGGACAAUGACGUGCGUUUUGUAGCGACUGCAUUGUGCGGAGGGGAUGUAGGGAGCCCUCCCCAACGCACGCGUUCUCAGAAGUACAUGGCAAAGAAUCCACACUGCGCCCGGAUUCACUACCGCAUCGUUCUUGAGCAAGUCGGCUGCCCUCUUGAGAGGUACCGAACCUCUCAGAUGCUUUGCAAGGUGUUGCUGGACGCACUGUUUGCUCAUCAUGAAGCCUGGGAAUUCGCUGAGGUCUUACAUCGCGACAUCAGUGAUGGCAACAUCCUCAUCGUCUUUGGAAAAGAUAAGCGUGGUAGAUCAACCGUACACGGCAUGUUGUGCGACUGGGAUCUAUGUAAGUAUAGUGACGAGUUAAAAUCGGGUGCAUCUGACAAGAACCGCUCGGGAACUUGGGUAUUCAUGUCCGCUCUCUUGCUCUCAUAUCCAAAAAAGCCCCAUGAAGUAGCCGACGAUCUCGAAUCCUUCUUUCAUGUCCUGACAUGGGAGAUUCUGCGUUUCCACGAAACAGGCUUAACGCCACAGGAAAUGGCUGAUAUAAGACGCACAUACGAGGCGUUCCACGAACGAGGUGGAUAUCACACCUGCACACGAGCGAAGUUGACUGCUGUAGAGACAGGUAAACAUGGCUUCGAACCUAAUGUUCAUCAAAAUAGCAUAGGUCUCCAGACAUUGUGGUCAAAGUUAUCAACUCUCUGCGCCGAACACUACAGGUCCCUGGAUUGGAAUGAACUCGCCAAGUUUGCGCCUCCUCGACAUCUCCAGAUUGUGACCUCACCGAAAGUUGACGAGUUCUUAGGUCGGACUAGCGACCGUCGCGUUCGACCUUCUCCCCACAGUCAACCCGUCAGCACGUCACCUGCGCAGACCCCCUCAUCUUCUCGCCUUUCCCCUGUUCGCGAAGCUCUGGAGAUUGGGAGCAAUGCACGUUCUCCAUCCUCUUAUGACAGUCGAGUGAUUGAAAGUGCCGACGCACCGGGCGAAGCUUCAGCCGUACUUCCAUCUGAACCCCGCAAAGCGGAAUUACCCUCUGGAUCUAGCGAUAACAGCAUGGUUUCUAAAUCCAAACCCUUGCAAAACCACGAUAAAAUUAUUGAAGUAUUCAAAGGCGCUAUAGACGACGCAGACAGCAAGCCUAAGACGAGUUGGAUAACGGACAAACUCGAUUUGGACCAAUUCGAGGGCCUGCCCCGCAAUUUCAACGAUGACAGCAGUUUGGCACACACCUCCAGUCAUAUGGCCGCCCGAUUCACAGCCAACGCUGAGAUUCUCAAGCGUAAAUCUGCAUCCACUUCUUCAACGACGAAGCGUCGAAAAGGUGCAGGCGGUAGUCGAAUAUCCUCUAUAGGAGAGGAGGAUGACACCAUUGAGAAAAGCAGAGCAGAAAAGGCCUAGUUCUACUAUUACCUUGGGUGUUAUUAUUCUGUAUAUCGCAGUAGCCCUCUUCUUUCUAAGACUCAUGUUAUGUAUCCAGUCUGAUGCCAUUCAGGCUGGUAUCUCGAGGUCGUACGCAUUCUGAAACUUUUGAGGAUCUGCUCACUUAUGGAGAAUGUAUUCUGGACGCCGCGAUAUGAAAAUGUGAAAGAUACUACGAUACGAUCCAACUACGAUCUAAAGUAUAUCAAGCAAGCGAAGCGUCUCAAUUCCAGGUAGAGAGAUAUAGUCUCCGUUCCCUUCUCCC